UUUCGCUUUAUUCCCCUUCAUAUUGGCCUCCGUGCCUCACUCCCACCCCACACUGCUCUCAGUCAGUCCGCCUGCUACUACUACCCCGUCUCCUCCUCCUGCUCGUCUCCUUGAACGCAGAGACCGCGCAGGGCAGAGCAGCGUGUCCUCGCACUGCAAACCCCUCUCCCUCCACAGUCCUUCGAAUCCUCCCGAGCUCCUGCGCUUGCAUUGCGCGACGUGGGUCGGCUCGGCUCGCCUCUUGGUCGCCUCCGUGUCCUCCGCCGCCUCCCUCCUCGGAUUCACUUUCAGGUGCUAGACCCCCAUUAAUUUCCGCUGUCCUGCUCCCUGGGCGUUUCUGUAAGGUAGGGGGCAUUAACUCCCGCUUGCGACCGGCAUUGAUCCGAGCGAGCGUCGUGAGCUGGGCAAGCCAGGCGAGCUGUAGGUUGGUGGUGAGUGUAGUAGCACAGCACCCCCUUGGAGCUUUCUCGCGGACGCUCGUGUCGCCUGGUGCCCUUUUGGCGGUCUUUAACCCUGGUCCUGGUCCCUGAAUCUCGCGGUCUUUGCUACCGUUCUUGAUCUUGUCUGUUUUCCCCCAAUUGAAGUGUCUGCUUCAUUUGUUCCUCUUGUUUCACAUCAAUCCCCUCCCCUCUUCUCUUGGGAUGCUGCCGCGGAUUCUUGCUACUUUUGAGCUGCUGCCUGCUCGCAGUUCUUAGGAAUUCCGGCUUCUUUCUUGAGCCUUCCUCCCAAAUAAGGGGUAAAAGGGAAGGGGAGAAGAACAAUCUGUUCCCCCUUUUGCUCUAGGAUACAUACAGUUCUUGAAGGAGAAGAGAGGGGAGAAGAAGAAUUUGGAGGUUUUGAGGAGGCAGGAGGCGAAUCCCUGGAGCUGCAUGAGGAAGCACUGAGACGAUGAGAGAUGAGACUCCAACCAAGAACAGGCUGUCCUGGUCCAAGACCAUUGUUAGGAAGUGGUUCAACAUCAAAACCAAGGCUAAGGACUUCCAUUCGGAUUAUGGAGUUGAAGAAGUGGGGAUGCAGUGGAGGACCAGUUUCUCAGAGAGAGAUGUAUGCAAAGCCAAGAAGAGCAGAACAGAGAGGUUGCCAAGGAAGAGCUUCGAUCGAGAUUGUCGAGUAGGAAAUGGAAUCGAUCGUGCUUAUAUCACGAACACACAGGACUACAGGGUCUUCGCUGGUACAUGGAAUGUGGGAGGAAGGUCACCAUCUAGUCAUCUGAACCUGGAGGACUGGCUCCAUACUUCUCCUGCUGCUGAUAUAUACGUUAUUGGGUUUCAAGAAAUCGUUCCUUUAAAUGCUGGCAACGUCCUGCUGAAUGAAGACAAUGGUCCAGCGAAGAAGUGGGUUUCUCUUGUAAGGAAUACACUAAAUAAUUUAGAUCUCCAGGGCUCUGUUGCGUACAACUACCACACCCCGUCACCGGUUCCUAAUCCUAUUGCGGAGCUUAAUGUCGACUUUGAACGAUCAUCAAGAAGAAGGAACUCCUCAUUCUUCCACCGGCGAUCAUUUCAGUCCUUCAGUCGAAGUUCAAGAAUUGACAUGAUGGAUCCUCACUCCUUAGUGGACCGACGUUUCAGUGUUUGUGACCGGAUUAGCUUUGGGAGCAGGCCAAGUGAUGUUGACACCAGUAUGAGAUGUGGUGGGUCCUCUGAUGAUGAGAAUAUGGACGAGGAAUCACCUGGUACUACAUUCUUCUCACCAAUGCCAUGUGGAUAUGGUGCUCCACUAUCAACAGAUGACAAUAAUAGACGGUUGAUUAACCCAAACAGGUAUUGCUUAGUUGCUAGCAAGCAAAUGGUUGGAGUUUUUCUCAUGGUUUGGGUGCGGAGUGAUAUAAGGGAUCAUGUGAAGAACUUGAAGGUGUCGUGUGUUGGUAGAGGCUUGAUGGGAUAUCUUGGAAAUAAGGGAUCAAUAUCAAUCAGUAUGUCUCUGCACCAAACAAGCUUCUGUUUUGUUUGCACACACUUAACGUCGGGUCAAAAAGAUGGUGAUGAACUUAGAAGAAAUGCAGAUGUGAUGGAAAUUUUGAAGAAAACCAGAUUCCCGCAUGCUCAUAGUGCACGCAGCGAGAAGUCGCCCGAGACAAUUCUGGACCAUGACCGUAUAAUCUGGCUAGGGGAUCUGAACUACCGGAUAGCUCUUUCUUAUCGCUCGGUGAAGGCUUUGGUUGAAAUGCACAACUGGAAACAGUUAUUGGAAAAAGAUCAGCUUCGCAUAGAGCAAAGGUUUGGGCGCGUAUUUGCAGGCUGGAAAGAAGGGAGAAUAUAUUUCCCUCCCACAUACAAGUACUCGUACAAUUCCGACAGAUACUCAGGCGAAGAUAUGCAUCCAAACGAAAAGAGAAGAACACCAGCAUGGUGCGAUCGGAUUUUAUGGUACGGGAGAGGUCUAAACCAACUAUGCUAUGUCCGCGGCGAGUCUCGAUUCUCAGACCACAGGCCCGUAUACAGCAUUUUCACGGCGGAGGUUAAACUACCGAGCCAGGCUCAAUUCGGAAGCUUCACUCGUUCCAGCUCCCUAAUGGGGGUGGACGAGCUACCGUUCCCAACUUACCCACGAAGCUACACAGAUAUCAAUUUUUAUUGAUUGUGCAUCCCCAUGGAGCCAGGCCAAGACAUUCUUUCUUCAGUAGCAGAGCGCACCAGCUCGUUCCUCCCAAGGUUCCAGCAAUUGGAAUGUUUCCAGAUACAGGUGGUUCUGAAGAAUAGGAUUCCAGUGAUGCAGAUACUGAAGGAGAUGCUUCUAACUGUAGAUUUUUCUAGGAUGAUUUGCGCCUUUCUGCACAGUUUUGAGCCUGAUCUUCAUCAGGCGCUGAUUUCGUUUGGAACCAGAAAGGAUUAUUGGUCCCAAAACAAAGCUAGUACUAGGCACUAACAGCUGAAGCUAAUUUGUGGUGUGGACGUGUGGUUUUGGAUUUCCCUCCAUGAUACUCCGUAGAUGAAUACGACAUUCCCUUUUCCUGAGCGAUUUGUGACUCGGAAGGGAAGGCCUGUUUCCUCCGUUUGCUUUUGCCUCCUGAUGUAACAGGAGCCACUUGGCUCGGCUCAGAUAUUUUUUUAGUAAAAAAGAAAAACCAGUUCUACCGUU